CCGAGUGGCCAAGCUACUGCCGGGUCCCGAGGAGCCCGCGAACCGGCGAGCCCGCGCCGUCAAUUCCGCGGGUGGCUUUCGCGUCUUCCGCCUUUGUGGAUUGCUGAGAGCAACCAUGUUCAACCAACAAUUCCAGCAGCAGCAACAGUUGCAGCAGCUGCAGCAGCAGCAGCUCCAGCAGCAGCAGUUGCAACAGCAGCAGCAGUUACUGCAGCUCCAGCAGCUGCUGCAGCAGUCCCCACCACAGACCCCCUUGCCCAUGCCUGUCAGCCGGGGCCUCCCCCAGCAGUCGUCCCAGCAACAGCUUCUGAAUCUCCAGGGCACCCACUCGGCCUCCCUGCUCAAUGGCUCCAUGCUGCAGAGAGCUUUGCUGCUUCAGCAGCUGCAAGGAUUGGACCAGUUUGCAAUGCCACCAGCUGCGUAUGACAGUGCCGGCCUCACCAUGCCCACGGCAGCAUUGGGCAGCCUCCGUGCUUACAACGUGACGGCCCCCAGCCUAGCAGCACCCAGCCUUACACCUCCCCAGAUGGUCACCCCAAAUCUGCAACAGUUCUUUCCGCAGGCCACACGCCAGUCCCUGCUGGGCCCUCCUCCUGUUGGGGUCCCAAUGAACCCUUCUCAGCUCAGCCACUCAGGGAGGAACUCGCAGAAACAGGCAAGAACUCCUUCCACCACCACCAAUCACAAGGAUUCUUCUUCCCAGACAGUGCCUCUGGGAGACAGGGAGGACCCCACAGAGGGGUCUGAAGAGGCUGCAGAGCUCCAGAUGGACACACCUGAAGAGCAAGAUUCACUAGUCUGCCCAGAUGACAUAGAGACCCCAGUGCUUGACCCUGAGCCCUUUGAGGCAUCAGAACCACCAGCCAAGAGGCCCAAGAGCUCAGAGGAGGCCACAGAGAAAGGGCCUAAAGGACAGCCACAAGCAAAGGUCCAGCCUCAGACCCAGAUGACAGCACCGAAGCAGACACAGACCCCAGAGCGGCUGCCCGAGCUACCAGGAGCCCAAGUCCUGACACAUUUGCAGCCGCAGGUUCUGCAGCAACAUCAGGCCCAGGUGCAGCCAAGGCUGCAGAAGCAGGCACAGACCCAGACAUCACCAGAGCACUUAGUACCACAGCAGAACCAGGUAUCUGCCCAAGCACAGCCGCAGGAGCAGCCUUCGGGACAGAUGCAGGAACAGACGUCAGAGAAGACCCAGGACGGGCCUCAGACCUGGCCACAGGGGUCAGCACCCCCAGCAGCGCAAGCGUCAGUUGUGGCCUGUGCCACAGAACCGCAGCCAUCUGGUGCUACAGGAGCUAGGGGAGGCCCAGAGGAGGCCUUGCCAGAACCAGUAGGUACCCAGGACAGUGAAGACACGAGCCAGGAGGCAUCUACUGGUGACCUGGAUGUGGGAGAGUGUGAAAAAAGAGCAAGAGAGAUGCUGGGGGUGUGGGGGGCUGGGGGCUCCCUGAAGGUCACCAUCCUGCAGAGCAGUGACAGCCGGGCUUUCAACACCACACCCCUCACAUCUGGACUUCGCCCUGGGGACUCCACCUCUGCCGCCCCUGUCCUUGCCAGCAUUCCCUCCAAGCAGACCCUCCAAUUCUUCUGCUAUAUCUGCAAGGCCAGCUGCAACAGCCAGCAGGAGUUCCAGGACCACCUGUCAGAGGCUCAACACCAGCAGCGGCUUGGGGAAAUGCAGCACUCGAGCCAGAGCUGCCUGCUGUCCCUGCUGCCCAUGCCUCGGGACAUCCUGGAGAGAGAGGCAGAAGAUCCUCCACCAAAACGCUGGUGCAACACCUGCCAGGUGUACUACAUGGGAGACCUGAUCCAGCACCGCAGGACACAGGAGCACAAGAUCGCCAAACAAUCCCUGAGGCCCUUCUGCACCAUCUGCAACCGUUAUUUCAAGACCCCUCGAAAGUUUGUGGAACAUGUGAAGUCCCAGGGACACAAAGACAAGGCCAAGGAGCUGAAGACACUUGAAAAGGAGGUAGUGAACCCAGAGGAGGAGCACUUCAUCACGGUGGACGCCAUCGGCUGCUUCGAGAGUGAUCAGGAAGAGGACGAGGAUGAUGAGGAAGAGGAAGAGAUUGAGGCUGAGGAGGAAUUCUGCAAGCAGGUGAGGUCAGGAGAUACAUCCUUAGAGGAAUUGAAAGGCUCAGAGACUUACAGCCCCAACACAGCAUACGGUGUGGACUUCCUGGUGCCCGCGAUGGGCUAUGUCUGCCGCAUCUGUCACAAGUUCUACGACAGUAACUCAGGAUUGCGCCUCUCCCACUGCAAGUCCCUGGCCCACUUUGAGAACCUGCAGAAAUACAAAGCAGCCAAGAACCCCAGCCCUGUCAGCCGGCCCGUGAGCCGCAGGUGUGCGAUCAACGCCCGCAAUGCCCUGACUGCACUGUUCACCUCUAGCAAUAGCAAUGGCCGCCCGCCCAGCCAGCCCGGCCCCCAGGACACAGCGAAAAUACCAAGCAAGUGCCCUCGACGACACAAAUAAGCACUUAUUGAAUGAAUGAGUGAAUGAAUGAAUGAAUGCAGCUCUGACUUUCCAGUCCCUGCUCUUGCUCAGCUGUCUACCAUCUAGAACUCAUCAACCGCAACAGCCCUUCAAGGACCAGCUCAAACACCUCUUCCUCGGAGCCUUCUCCAUCUUCCUCUACAGCGACUUCUGACCUGCCUCUUGGCAAUCCUAUGUCCCUCAGGACCCAAGGUCUGGGACUGUGCCCACUGUGGGACCCAGUUCUGAGCCAGCCAUGACUCAGAAACACUCAGCUGCCAGCAUGGGACCAAAGGGAAAGUAGAUGCUGGAUUUAAGAAAAAGGCCCAAGGAGGGUGUCUGGGAUAUGCCUUUGGGGGAUGGUUCCCAGAAAGGGCAUCCCUUACAGAGGAUAGAGCCUCUGAAGGCUGCUGGAUCUUAAAGUCCACACCCCAUGGUACACAUGGGGAAACUGAAGUCUAAGAAGGAAGGAACCAGAACAGCUUCCCAUAGCUACUCAGAGACAGGACCAAGACUCAGACCUGAAGGUCAGAGACCCUGAAGGUCUGUACCCCAGCAACUCCUUAUUGGAGUAGGGGACACUGAGGUUCCAGGACACCAAGAGCUCAUUUGGGGUCUGGCCACAGCAAGAAUUUAAUGGGCAGCUGUUAAGACCCAUCCUUCCCGUUUCAUGGCAGGCUAGCCAAGGGGUGAGGAGAGGCGGUGCCUUCAUUGAUGUCAAGGGUGCUUCCUAGCCAUUGCUCCUGUCCUGGGUCAGAUAGCCUGCACCUCACCAUCUCAGUGUUCACUCGGGGUCACACUGCACCCUCACCGAGUCCCCUCAUGAUGUUCCCACCAUGGCUGCCAGCAGCCACUGCACAGCACCUGCCUCCAGCAGGAGGACAACCUUUAUUAAGAGCAGAACCCGGGUAGUGAAAAUAUUCUAAAACUGUUGUGCCAAUGGAUAUGCUGGGAAUUCAGUGAAAGCCUGCGGAACUGUACGGUUUAUGUGGUAAAAUCUAUUGUGUGACUUACAGCUCAAUAAAGCUUUUAUAACAAA